AUGGUUGCGGUAGUGGAGGCUCACGCGAAUUCAAAUAUUGGGGGUCAGUUAAAUUCAGGAGUUAAUGAGGCUAAUCUUUUGAAUGGAAGUGGAACGAUUUCAAGAACCAACAGUGGUUUUGGCUAUGUGUCUUCAACGACUACAGCAAUGACUGAUGAGCCUUGUGUUUCUUGUACUACUUUUAACAUCCUGGCUCCUAUCUACAAGCGACUUGAUCAAAAGAAUCAAAGUCUUCGUGAAAGCAAUUUCAGAGCAGUUUGGCUCUCAAGAAACCAGAAGAUUUUGAAUUGGUUGCUUCAAGAGAGAUCUUCAAUUAUAUGUCUCCAGGAAUUCUGGGUUGGAAAUGAGGAACUUGUGCAUAUGUAUCAGCAGAGACUUGGUGAUGCUGGCUAUGUAACUUUCCAGCUUGCAAGAACCAAUAACCGUGGAGAUGGCCUGUUAACUGCUGUUCGUAAGGACUACUUUACGAUUCUAAAUUAUCGAGAGUUGCUCUUCAAUGACUGUGGAGACCGUGUUGCUCAGCUAUUGCAUGUGCAGCUGGCUUUUCCCUUUUCACAAAACCGGAAAGGCAAUGCUCAGCAAGAGUUUCUUAUUGUUAACACUCACUUGUUAUUUCCUCAUGAUUCCUGUUUAUCCGUAGUUAGGCUGCAUCAAGUUUACAAAAUACUACAGUAUGUGGAACAAUAUCAGAGAGAAAACCAACUUAAUAAUAUGCCAAUCCUACUCUGUGGUGAUUGGAAUGGAAGCAAGCGUGGACAUGUUUAUAAAUUCUUGAGGUCACAGGGUUUUGUAUCUUCAUAUGACAUUGCCCAUCAAUACACCGACAGUGAUGCAGAUGCUCACAGGUGGGUGAGCCACCGAAAUCAUAGGGGUAACAUCUGUGGUGUUGAUUUCAUAUGGCUAUGUAAUCCUAAUAAAUCAAGGAAAUCAUUGAAGAAAAGUUGGGCUGAAGCCGUGUUUGGAAUUAUAAAGUGUCAGCUCCAAAAAGCCUCAUUGGUUGAAAAUGAUGCAUUUGCAUUUUUAAAGGCUGACAACCAUGGCAAUUUUAUAACGUAUUCAGCUUUCUGUGAAGCACUCCGCCAGGUAAAUUUAAUUGGUCUUCCUUAUGGACUCAGUUCCCGGGAGACAGAAGAUUUAUGGAUGCAAGCUGACGUUAAUGGAAAUGGAGUUGUUGAGUAUGAAGAAUUUAAGCGGAGGAUUUGGAAUUCAGAAUGCUCAGAGGUAAGAGAGGAAAAUUGCAGUGAGAGGACCGUGGACUCUGAACGGGGCAUAGAGGAAGAAGCCAUUGGUUUCAAUGUCAAGAAUGCGGUUCUAUUCCCCCGUGAAGCUGAGAAAGGAAUGUGGCCAGAAAAUUAUUCCCUCUCAGAUCAUGCUCGACUCACUGUUGUGUUUUCUCCCGUAAGAAUGCAGUGUUCUCAGCGUGUCACACGUUUGUAG